AUGGCACUUCACCUGUGGUUUAUUGUGGUGGUCCCUGUUUGCUGCUGGGGUCAGGGGUCAGUGGACACAGGGGACAGUGGUGUCUUCCAGCCCCAGAGUGCCCUCAGUGACAUGGAGUUUGCCAGUGUGAGCUCGUACCGUGGCCCUGGAAACACUGACCCUCGCCCCAAUAAUAAGCUGCCCAUUCUUCUGUGGUGGAGCUCCAAUCUGUUCCCACACUUCCCAGGAGACACCGAGUGUUUGGACUGUGCCCACUCGUCCUGCCUAGCCACAAGCAACCGUAAAGUCCAGCUGAAUCGUCACACGGCUUCCAUUAUUUUCUACGACACAGACUUCCGAGCGUAUGAGGCUCCUCUGGCAUGCUUGACCCAUCAGACGUGGGCACUUUUGCACGAAGAGUCGCCCAUGAAUAACUACUUGCUCUCCCACAGUGUUGGAAUAAGGCUGUUUAACUACACAGUCACGUUCAGGAGGUCAUGUGGACAUCCAGUGAAAGCACACAGGAAGAACCCAAAACAGAACCCUCUGCCUCCACCAAAAAUGGCCAACAGUUCACACAUGGGCUCCCUGCUGCCCAGUCCUGGAUAUGGACCUGUGGAAAAUCCGUCCUUACUGUGGCAUCACAAACAGAGCAUCGCUGUGAGGAGACCCAGAGGCCGAUGA